CAUUUCAGUGCAUGCAUGUGUAUGUGAUGAAGAGCUCCAAAUAAUUGAUUUAUUGAUAUUAUUUUUGUUUAAUACAAAAAUGUCAGUGUUGACUUGUAGAUUACACAAGUUUGGUGAUGCAUUGCUAAAGGGAGCGACUGUUAUUGUUUACCGACAUGGACCUACAACAUCAUUAGACAGUCCUGCCAUUAUUAAGUGUGUGAGGACUAUCAAGACUUCAACAUGGUGGGAUGAACAUCUGACAGAAGAUAAUGCCGGCUUCAUUAAGAAGGAAGUGGCCAAGGAGUACAAUGAACUGACUAAAGCCAAACUGAACCCCCUCAAGGAUGAACCCUGGCCUCGCCCUGAGUGGGUGGAACAGAGCAAAAGAGUUGGUCUUGUUGCUAUCAAGUUAGGAAUGAUGCCAGUUUGGACCAAGUCAGGAGAAAGACAUGUGGUGACUAUGCUGCAGGUUCAGGACUGCCAUGUGAUCAAGCACCUGGCUAAAGAGGACUAUAAUGGCAUGUCCGCUGCUCUGAUUGUAGGAGCUAAAAGUGUCUCCCCCUUCUAUAAGUCAGCGGCAUAUCUGGAGAUGUUCCGCAGUGCUGGAGUUCCCCCUAAACAAAAACUCACAACGUUCAGCGUGACAGAAAACGCCAUCAUCAAACCAGGUACUCCACUGUAUGCUGCACACUUCCGUCCAGGACAAUACGUGGACGUCACAGCCAAAACAAUUGGAAAGGGUUUUCAGGGUGUAAUGAAGCGCUGGGGGUUUAAAGGUCAGCCGGCCACUCAUGGUCAAACCAAAACCCACAGGAGACCUGGCUCACUGGGACCUGGAGGGGAUCCUGCUAAAGUGUUCAAAGGAAAGAAGAUGCCAGGAAGGAUGGGAAACGUUUAUGACACCGCCUUUGGCCUGAAGGUUUGGAGGGUGAACACCACAGAUAACAUCUUGUACGUGAAUGGCUCUGUUCCAGGUCACCGUAACUGCCUGGUGAAGGUACGGGACACCAUUCUGCCUCACCGCCGAGAGAACAACAAGGCACCACCAUUCCCCACAUACUUUGCUGACGGAGACGAGGAGCUCCCCGAGGACCUGUACACCGAGGACAUGUUUCAGUUCGGGGAACCUAUUCCUGAAUAAGGACAUAAACUCACAAGAUCAUCAGUUUUUUGUCUUUUAAAGCCCAGUUUUCUCUGGCCGUGUGCUAUUUACCGAUGCUUCCAACUGUUUAAUGAAUGCCUCACUAUGGGACUGACAUGAGUGGGACAACUACAGACUCUUUAAACAGCAGGGCAGAACCAGGAAUGCAUACAAACCCCUGAACGAAGAGAGAGUCAACCAUGUUUCUGUGUGACACAACAGUGUCUGUGGUUUAAUAUUGACUUCUGUUUGUAUAUGAAAAUAUUAAAGUUUCUUUGAUACA